UGUCCAUGCGUCAGGUAUAUUUUGAACCGGGCCCUUGUAGACACCAUCAGCAUCAUGAUUAUACAGGUGGACACACUUGUCUUGCUCUCCACCUUACAUACUGAGCUCAAGAACUUGAUCACAUAGGGUAAUGCUUGCUGGGGAGAAUACUUGCCCACAAGACACCAUGGAAAUAGCUUCCAGUUGCCAACUCCAACACUUAAGGCCACAAACCUCGAUGCAUCAAUUCAGUUCGGUACUAGUUUCCUUGCAGAAUCUGCCAUCACAUAUAGCCAUGAAGCUCCCAAUAUCCAGCUUCGAAGUGCUUAGAAUCAUUAUGGUGAAAGUGAAUCAUUUCCAAGAGUUAGUGUCCACAAGGCUCGGUUCCCUCUCAAAGUGUACAGCAGAUUUGUUCAGGCGCUCCUACUUGCUUCUUCUCUUCCAAAGCAAUCCUUUGAUAGUCCAGAUUAUUUACUUCAUGCUACUACCCCUUGCUGGUUUCCUUGCUCUAAAGAAUCUCAAGCCGCUGAAUAAGCCAACUACAAGGAACUUGGACCUGAUGUUCACCUCUGUCUCCACAGUGACAGUAUCAAGCAUGGCAACAGUUGAGAUGGAGGACUUCUCCGGCCAGCAGCUAUGGAUCUUGAUCAUACUUAUGCUAUUCGGAGGAGACAUGUUCACUAAAAUGCUAGGGUUGCACUUAAAAAAUGCUCGGGGUAACACCGGGGAUACCCUCCCGAAAAGAUCGUCUUUCAUAAGCAGGGACAUUGAAACCUGUGAUGUUUUCAACAACAACAGUCAGAAUAACAUGGAAGCCAUCCAGUCAGAGGCAACCAUACCACACAAUAAGGUACAGGAAAGCAAAGGGCUGAAUCUGAACUCUUGCAAUAUUUUGGCUCAUGUAGUAACAGGCUACUUCAUAGCAGCAAUUGUUUGUGGCUCUGUAGUCAUUACCAUCUACCUGUUGAUUGACUCCGAUGCAAGACAGCUACUGAAGAGUAAAGAUAUCAAGAUAUGCACGUUCUCAGUGUUCACAGCAGUGUCAUCAUUUGCAAACUGCGGCUUCACUCCGGUAAAUGAUAACAUGGCAAUUUUCAGAAAUAACCCAACUCUUCUUCUUCUAGUUACGCCACAGAUUCUAAUAGGCAACACUUUGUUUCCACCACUAUUGAGGUUAAGCAUAUGGGCUUUGGGAAAAGUCAGCAGAAGAGAAGAAUAUGCUUACAUCCUUCAGCACCCAAAGGAGAUUGGAUACAGGCAUUUGCGACCAUAUAAGAAUUCUGUCCACCUGGUUCUGACCGGAGUGCUGAUAAUUUUGCUGCAAGCAAUAUUUCUUUGUUAUUUUGAGUGGGACUCAAAAGCCUUGGAGGGAAUGAAAUGGUUCCAGAAAUUGGUGGGCUCACUAUUCCAGAGUGCCAAUUCAAGACAUGCGGGCGAAACUGUCAUUAAUAUCUCGACCCUGUCUCCACCAAUUUUGGUGAUAUUUGCAGUUGUCAUGUACCUUCCUUCUGAUACUUCAUUCUUCCCGACAUAUGGCGAUAGACACAUCUUGACAAAUAAAAAGGAAAAUCCAAAUAGCAGAGCAAUGUGGAAGAAAUUCAUCAUUACCAAGCCUGCUUGUUUAGCAAUACUCACAAUUUUGGCAUGCAUAACUGAAAGGAAGUCAAUGUCUGCCGAUCCACUAAAUUUCAGCAUCUUCAGUGUAGUAUUUGAAGUGAUCAGCGCGUAUGGCAAUGUAGGGUACUCACUAGGAUACAGCUGCGACAAGUUACUGAAACCUGAUCCCAGAUGCAAAGACUUCUCGUAUGGAUUCGUCGGCAGGUGGACCGACAAAGGGAAGGUGAUCAUUAUCGUGGUGAUGUUCCUCGGGAGGUUCAAAACCUUCACCCUCAAUGGAAGAAAACCCUGAAAUGUGCGCCCAUGUAGAGCGCCACUCAGGGGCCAGGAAUGGCUGGAAAGUUGUGAUAUUUGUCAGAAAUAUUUUAGAUUGAACUUUGAAUGUGUGAAUAAUGCCAGCGCUUUAUGCCUGUGCAAAGUAGAAUGUAUUAGCAGCCCGCAAAGAAAAGAGAGGAGUAUUUGUAGCA